AUGAUAGAGUUUAAAAACUACUGCAAGGGUGAUGAAUGUUUUGAGUUCUACGAUCUAUCAACUCUCAGAGUUAUAUCUGACGAGGAAGAUGAGACUGUCGCAUACUUGAAUGGAACCUGGAAAUUCAACACCGAUGUCCACAGCCCUGAAAAAGCAUUGGCGUGGGCUGAAAAGAGACAUGGAUCAAAAUGGAGUACAGAAGCUUUGUAUCAUCGCUACAAUGAUGCUUGUGAAGGAUUUAGAAAUCCAUUGGAUCCAGUUUAUUCAUUUUUUAAGGGUAAACAAGGAUGUCCUCAUAAGAAAGGGGAAUCAAUUUCAUGGAACAUGCACAAAAUUGUCUUUCCACCAACAAUUGCUUCAUCUUUUGUUGGCGAAUGGCGAGCUAAUGUUGCUGUCGAAAGAGUUGUUGAUGGAAAAUUGAGGAAGCAAUGCAAAUAUCUAAGAUAUGACAUCCAUGAUGAAUAA